UAAAAAGACGACACGACGACAGCGCGAGGAUCGCCCACGCUCCCUCAUCGAUGACGGGUGUCGACGCUGUAUGCAGAAAAGAGGAGUUGCAGGGACCACGCAUCGCAGUCAGGUCAUAGGAGACUUGACUUCUCCAGCCCCCCUCCGUUCAGCCACACAGGCCCAGGGUCAAGGUAGGUGCGAUGUUAGUGAUUUCCGUGUGACUUCUCCACUUGACGUGAAUUCCGCGCCCGGUGAUACAGUCAUUCAGCCCGGCACCAGCUCUCGGUGCAGAAAGGGAGCCUUCCUCGACUGUCCUGCCGUCUCCUCCAACCAAGAGUCUCAACAAGUACUUGAUUCGAAUCAGAAUCCCCAGGUCGGCCUCCCAGCGAGGAUGCCGACGCGGUGCGACGUGCCGCGAUCGCAAGCACGCGUUCUACACGCGAUGCGAUCGUGGGCGCGCACCCCCAAGCGACCGACAGUGUUGGUCAGAGAUACCAAAACAUCACCGUGGAGCUAAAGUGCGAUGAAGCACAUACACGGUUCGACAGGAAGUGUAUAGUACGCGGGGAUGUCGUGGUGGU